UUGUAGUCGAAGAAAAUAUUUUCCCCUUGGUCGCCAAAGAUCCUCAUCAUCGUCUUCAACCUUCUCUGCAUCAUCACCAUCAUCAUCAUCAUCAUCCGGCUCUUCAGUGCCUCCGAACGGAGUGCUAGUCGUAGUCUUGAGGGCAGGAGACGUACCUACCAAAAGUACAUAGUAGCCAAGAAGAAGUGAAAAUGAAUCCAUUACUCCCGAGAAGAAUAAGUCAUCGAACAAGAAGCCCGUGAAGUUUUUCAUACAACAACCAACCACUUACGCACUUCAUGCGCAUGUGUCAAAAUGUUCAUCCUCGUUGAAACUCAAUCACUUGACAAAGCAGGGCUUCCUUGUUUAGCUCUCGACUCAACUUAUCUCCGGCUUAUUAUCCACGUGUAAGACUGACGAAAACCAUUGACGCCCAGUGUCCUGUGAGUGCUUUAACCUCCAGAUCCGAGGCAAUAUUCCAAAGACGAAAAAGGGUUCCCUUUUAUUGUUGAAAGGACUGCAAAAGCGAGGCUGCUUUAAUAUUUACUACCCACCUCCCUUGCCAUUGAAGGAGACACCGUCAAGUGGAAAACUUCAGCAUUCCCCUCAUCCUUCAUACUGUCAUCAUCACCGUUCGUGGUCGAGGUCGGUCGAGGUCGAUCGAGGUUGAGGUUGAGGUCGAGGUUGGAAAUAUUAGGCCCAGGGCAAGAUGUUUCGCUACUUGAGUAGGCGGUAUUCGCAUCGCCGCAAGCAUCGAAACAAGGACUUUUCAUGUUCGAAUAAAUCCGUGAACAUCCCUGUUCACGGAAGCCCUGCCAUCCUGGGAGAGGGCUUCAUGGGCUCCAGGAACCAUGUGAGCUCCAUUGACCUUCGGUAUACGGGGAAGAAUGACAGGAACGAGUUUCCAGUGGCCUUCUUGGCCAAAACGAUCAAAACCCCGCGGAACAUUCUGCAUUGCAGAGUGGAACUCCUGGACGGAUCCACUUACACGCUUCAAUUACCGCGCUCUGCUUUGGGCCACGAUUUGAUGGAUCGCGUGUUUGGUCAUCUGGACUUGAUUGAACGGGAUUACUUUGGUUUGAAGUAUUUGGACCUUAACAGCGCCAGUCAAUGGCUUGAUCCAUUCAAGGAGAUCAAAAAACAAUCCAAGGACAAAGGAAGCGGGAUCCACCAAUUCCAAUUCCGAAUCAAAUUCUACUCGAGUGAUCCAAGUCAUCUCCGAGAGGAAAUCACUCGCUAUCAAUUCUUCCUUCAGCUGAAGCACGAUAUUCUCCGAGGAUCACUGCCUUGCUCAUAUCAGGAUUUAAUUGAGUUGGCCGCUCUCAUGCUUCAAUCCGAAUUGGGCGAUUAUAAUCCGGACCUUCAUAAUCCGGCCCUCGUGUCUGAAUUCCGCCUCUCAAGAGAUCAAAGCGAGGUCAUGAGCCUUGAUAUCCUGAGGCAAUUCCAAGCCUUGAAAGGAUUGUCUCCCGCCCAAGCUGAACUGGCCUUUUUGAACAAGGCCAAAAUGCUCGAGCUUUACGGAGUGGACAUGCAUACUGUAAUGGGUAAAGACGAAUCAUCCUACACGCUAGGUUUGACUCCAACCGGAAUUCUAGUCUAUGAAGGCGAUCUAAAAAUUGGGCUCUUCUUGUGGCCCAAGAUCAUCAAGUUGGAUUUUAAGAAGAAGAAACUCACUUUGGUGGUUGUCGAAGAUGCAGACUCUGGUUCAGAGCAAGAGCACACUUUCGUUUUCAGAUUGCCAACGGAAAGGGCGUGCAAACACUUGUGGAAAUGUGCAGUGGAACAUCACACAUUUUUCCGACUCAAGACCCCAAAUGCCACGUCAAGAAGUCGACAAGGCUUCUUUCGACUGGGAUCCAAGUUCCGAUACAGUGGAAGAACCGAGUUCCAAACCAUGCACUACAGUCAUGGGUCUGUGCGAAAAAAUGUCAGAUUUGAGCGGAGUGCCUCGUCCCACAGAGUCAGAACCAAAGAGCACCAUCCACCGACCUCGCCGACCUCGCCGACCUCGACAAAUCCAACCCUCACCAAGGCUUCUUCCAACGAGAGGCUUCCAAAUGACACUGCCUCCAAUGGCGUCGAUCCAUUGACGACAACCAAUGUCAAAACCGAUUUGCAUCUCGCGCAAAGGCCAAUUGAGAGCACGCCAGAGUCGAAGCUGGAGAAGAGUGAGAAACCGGAAGAGGACUCUGAGGAAGCCAUUUCCUCCAUGGUGACGCAACUGGGAGGGAUUCGGGAGCCUUUGGAUGGUUCCAUUGUUCCCAAGCUUCGCUCGGUAUCAUUGCAGAGCCACUCUCCGGCCACGAGAAAGGAUUCGAGUUCAUCCGGAUAUUCGGGCGGAGCUGAAGAAACCAUCGAUUACCUUAAGUGGGUGAGCGAAACGAAGAAAGCACCUCCUCGUCCCAGUAGCAAAUCCCCCAAUGCGCCAGUUGCUCCUCAUCGUGGAUCCACUUCGGCCUUGUCCCAAGAGAGCGGUUUAAGUCCCGAUUUGAGAACCACUCCUGAGGCGAGCAGUAGCUCCAGAGAAGGCAGCAGUGCGCGUAAUUCUUCCCCAGACAGUGGUUACGAUCAACCCACACCCAAUAUCUUGAUAUACAAGACGGAGCCCAAGGUCCGACGUGUGACCCCGGGGUCCUCCCGCGACAACAUCAACCACAUUACCCCGCCCAAAGUGAAACCCAAACCUGCCAAAGAUCUGCCGUUCCGUCGCCUUCCUAUCACGGAAUCCGAGGCCAUGGACCUCACGCCAAAGACCAGUCUUCACGAGCCAAUUCGAUCCAGACUGCCCAAGGUCAAUUACGAAAAUUAUAACCAAUUGAACCACCCAGAGCCUGAUUAUAUGAAUCUGGAGGCCUUGCGGAUCAAGCCGCAAGAACUGGAUCAGUUCUCCAAAUCCAUUGGCUUCGCCUCGACCCAGAGGAUAAUGCAAAUGUACGCCAACCCUCGGGCUCCUUGGAUGCAAAUGCCCAGGACGCCGACUUCCUUUUCACCUUGCCAUGGAGCCCAAUCCUCGAAAACCAUGUCCCACGCCGAUCUGAGGACCAUUCGCCAGGGUCAGACUCAACGAUCCAGCUCGACGUGGGAUAUACGGCAUGCUCCAGCUUCGACACAUAACUAUCAGAAUCAUCCGUACCCUUUGUAUUCCAACGUGUUCCAGGAUUACGCCGAACCGGUCAUGAAUCAUCCUAUGAACACCAGGCCCACCUAUUAUCACACACAUCACCAUUACCAUCAGACUGCUCCACCACCACAUCAUCCUCAUCACCAUCGAUCCCAAUACCUUCAAUCCAAUGACACGUUAUAUUAACGAAGUUUUCUGAUGAAGGGUCGAAAUACAGGCGGCGUUAUUAAGUCUU